CGGGGCCAGCCCGAGGGAGGGAGGCCAUCUAGUCCAACCUUCGCUCUCUGGACCCCGCUAGGCCUCAGUCAUCUAGUCCCGAGAGCUGACUUUCUUGGCCGGCCGACCGGGCGAGAUGCAAGCCGGGAAGCCUGUCCUCUACUCCUAUUUCCGAAGCUCCUGUUCAUGGAGAGUUCGAAUUGCUCUGGCGUUAAAAGGCAUUGACUAUGAGAUAGUGCCCAUCAACCUCAUAAAGGAUGGCGGGCAACAGUUCACUGAGGAAUUUCAGACCCUGAACCCCAUGAAGCAAGUGCCAGCGCUGAAAAUUGAUGGAAUCACCAUUGGCCAGUCACUGGCCAUCAUGGAGUACCUGGAAGAGACUCGGCCUAUCCCACGGCUCCUGCCUCAGGACCCACAGAAAAGAGCCAUCGUGCGCAUGAUUUCUGACCUCAUCGCUAGUGGCAUCCAGCCCCUUCAGAACCUGUCUGUCCUGAAGCAAGUGGGACAGGAGAACCAGAUGCAAUGGGCCCAAAAGGUUAUUACUUCUGGCUUUAACGCCCUGGAGAAGAUUCUGCAGAGCACAGCAGGGAAGUACUGCGUAGGAGAUGAGGUGUCCAUGGCUGAUGUGUGCUUAGUGCCCCAAGUGGCAAAUGCUGAAAGGUUCAAGGUGGAUCUAAGCCCCUACCCUACCAUCAGUCACAUCAACAAGGCGCUGCUGGCCUUAGAGGUUUUCCAAGUGUCUCACCCCCGUCGACAGCCAGAUACCCCUGCCGAGCUGAGGACUUAGCUCUCAAACCAUGCCCAUUGGUACCGGGAAGGGAGUAGGCCCAGAUGCUAGGUGUUCUACUGCUGUGAAGAGACACCAUGACCAUGGCAACUCUGAAAAAGAAAGACAUUCAAUUAGGGCUAGCUUACAGUUUCAGAGAUUCAGUCCAUUAUCAUGAUGGUAGAAAGCAAGGCACAUGUAAGGCAGACAUGGUGCUGGAGAGGUAGCAGAGAAUUCACAUCUGGAUCCAAAGGCAGGAAGAAGAGUGACACUGGGCCUGGUGUGAGCAAUCUGAAACCUCAAAGCCCGCCCCCAGAGACACAACGUCCUCCAAGAAGGCCACAUCUCCUAUUAGUUCUACUCCCUAUAUGCCUUUUUAUUCAAACCCGAACAGGCCCAGAAAUGAAUGCAUUAUAGCAGAGGACUUGAACUUGAGCUCUUUCCUCAGGAAGCAGCAGAUUCAUGGAGUCCAGGCUAUUUCUUCCAGGUCCCCAUAUUAGAGUUUUCUCUAGCAACAUUAAGUCAGUUCCAUAUAUCUUCCUUCUGCUUGCACUGUAGUCACUACAGUCUGCCUUAAUCCUCUUAUCUGUCACGUGUUAGGAGGGGGUAGGCAGAGACAUGACCGGCUCUCAUGGCUAAUGUUGUCAACUUGAAAUAAAGCUAGACUCACCAGGGAGAAGGGCCUUUAUAAAUGUCUGUUGGGGGGUUAUAUUGGUACCGUUGAGGUGGGAAGACUCACCCAGCAUGGAUGGCACCAUUCCCUAGGCAGAGGAUCCUGGGGCCCAGAAGAGUAGAGAAAGAGUGAAGCGACCACCACAUGUGCAUUAUGAUCAGCUGCUCACGCUGAUGCCUUGACUUCCCUGCCAUUAUGGACUGUACCCUGAAACCAUGAGCUAAAAUAAACCUUCUCUCCUUUAA